CUCCACCAUUUUUUGCGGCAAGUGUCCUUCAACAACAGUGCUGGAGAACAGAUUUCUUUUGGCCCCAGUGGGGAAUUCCUAACUGGUUUUGAUAUUCUCAAUUGGAUCACAUUCCCAAACAAGUCCUUUCUGAGAGUCCAAGUGGGAAAGAUCGAUCCCAUGGCUGCCCCAGACAAUCUUCUCACCAUUUCUCAGAAGGAUAUCAUUUGGUCCCACAUGUUUAAUCAGGCAUUACCUCUUUCCAUAUGUAAUGACAAAUGUCACUUAGGCUAUAACAAGAUAAAACUAGAAGGGAAAUUAUCUUGCUGCUAUGACUGUGCACUGUGCCCAGAAGGGAAGAUUGCCAACCAAAUGGAUUCAGAAGAUUGUUUCUCAUGUCCAGAGGACCAAUAUCCAAGCAAGGAUCAGGGUAGUCAUCUUCAAAAAAAUAUAGUUUACUUGUCUUUCCAAGAUCCUUUGGGCAUUUCCUUGGUAAUAAUUGCAGUCUCCUUUUCUUUCAUCACAACUUUGGUACUGGGGAUCUUCAUUAAACAGCGAGACACCCCCAUAGUCAAAGCCAACAAUAGGAAUCUCACAUAUACCCUUCUCAUUGCUCUCCUCCUCUCCUUCCUUUGCAGUUUGCUCUUCAUUGGGCAACCUGACCAAGUGAAAUGUCUCAUGCGACAAACUGCUUUUGGCAUCAUCUUCUCUGUAGCCAUUUCAUGCGUACUGGGGAAAACGACUAUAGUUGUUCUUGCUUUCAUGGCCCACAAGCCAGGCUCCAAAAUGAGGAAAUGGGUGGGGAAAGGGCUGGCCAACUCCAUUGUUGUUUCUUGCUGCCUGGUUCAGGUCACAAUUUGUGUUGUGUGGCUAGCAAUUUCUCCACCAUUCCCGGACUCUGACAUCCAUUCAAUGGCUGAAGACAUUGUCAUGGAAUGUAAUGAAGGUUCAACCACUAUGUUUUAUACUGUCCUUGGAUUUAUGGGUUUCUUGACGACUACCAGUUUCACAGUGGCUUUCCUUGCUAGGAAUUUACCUGACAGCUUCAAUGAAGCCAAAUUUAUCACCUUCAGCAUGUUGGUCUUUUGCAGUGUUUGGAUGUCUUUUGUUCCAACUUAUCUGAGCACCAAGGGGAAAUACAUGGUGGCGGUGGAGAUCUUCUCCAUUUUGGCUUCAGCAGCACUGGGCUGCAUCUUUUCCCCCAAAUGCUACAUCAUUAUUAUAAGGCCUGAUUUGAAUAAAAAGGAGCAACUACUAAAGAAAUAA